CGAAGUGUCCGCCGCCGCCAUUGUGCGGCGCUGGUCCUCUCAAAGGGUGCUAGCUGUGCCUGGGGCGCUCUUCCCCGCUUUUCGCUUUCCUGUCCCGGCAGGUCCGGGACUCCCGUCAGUGCCCGUGCGGGCGCCGGCAUGUGGCUGUGGGAGGACCAGGGCGGGCUCAUGGGCCCCUUCUCCUUUCUCCUCUUGGUGCUGGUGGUGUUGACACGCAGCCCCUUUAAUGCCUGCCUCCUCACAGGCAGCCUCUUCAUCUUGCUGCGCAUCUUCAGCUUUGAGCCGGUGCCUUCCCACAGAGCCCUGAAGGUGCUUAAGCCCCGGGACCGCGUUUCUGCCAUCGCCCACCGCGGCGGCAGUCACGACGCGCCCGAGAACACGCUGGCGGCCAUUCGGCAGGCAGCUAAGAACGGAGCAACAGGAGUGGAGCUGGACAUUGAAUUUACUUCUGACGGGGUUCCUGUCUUGAUGCAUGAUAACACAGUAGAUAGGACAACUGAUGGGACUGGUCGAUUGUGUGAUUUGACAUUUGAACAAAUUAGGAAGCUUAAUCCUGCAGCAAAUCAUAGACUCAGGAAUGAUUUCCCUAAUGAAAAGAUCCCUACCCUGAGGGAAGCUGUUGCAGAGUGCCUAAACUAUAACCUCACAAUCUUCUUUGAUGUAAAAGGCCAUGCAAAAAAGGCUACUGAUGCUCUAAAGAAAAUGUAUAUGGAAUUUCCACAACUAUACAAUAGUAGUAUAGUCUGCUCUUUCUUGCCAGAAGUUAUCUAUAAGAUGAGAAAAACAGAUAAGAAUGUAAUAACAGCUUUGACUCACAGACCUUGGAGCCUUAGCCAUACAGGAGAUGGGAAACCACGCUUCGAUUCUUUCUGGAAACAUUCCAUGUUUGUGGUAAUGGACAUUUUGCUCGAUUGGAGCAUGCAUAAUAUCUUGUGGUACCUGUGUGGAAUUUCAGCUUUCCUCAUGCAAAAGGAUUUUGUAUCCCCGGACUACUUGAAGAAGUGGUCAGCUAAAGGAAUUCAGGUUGUUGGUUGGACUGUUAAUACCUUUGAUGAAAAAAGUUACUACGAAUCCCAUCUUGGUUCCAGCUACAUCACCGACAGCAUGUUGGAGGACUGUGAACCUCACUUCUAGACUUACGUAGGGGAGGAAAUACGGGUUCAGAAACUGCCAGUGGCUCUAGGCAGGGAUAUCAGAAUACCCUUUGUGCUAGCCCAGGUCCUGGGGGGAUCAGAUGGCUCACACAAGCAAUAGUUGGUACUUUCAUUUUUACUUGAACUAAAACAAAACCCAGUGUUGCCGCCAUGCUCCAUGAAUGCCUGAGUUCAACACUGUUGCUCUUUUUUUUUUUUUUUUUUUGUAGAGACAGAGUCUCACUUUACCGCCCUCGGGUAGAGUGCCGUGGAGUCACACGGCUCACAGCAACCUCUAAUUCUUGGGCUUACGCGAUUCUCUUGCCUCAGCCUCCCGGGCAGCUGGGACUACAGGCGCCUGCCACAACGCCCGGCUAUUUUUUUUGUUGUUGUUGUUGCAGUUUGGCCGGGGCUGGGUUUAAACCCACCACCCUCGGCAUAUGGGGCCAGCGCCCUACUCACUGAGCCACAGGCGCCGCCCCCACUGUUGCUCUUGAAAAUCUGGGUCUGAGAAAAGGCACAACAGCCACUGCCCCGACCUAUAUGAAACAGACACAGGGAUCGAGUGAGGAUAAGCACAGAUUGGGUUGUGCAGUUGGGGAUGCAGAUGUACAUGCAUGAGACGUGCAUGAUAACUCAAGAGUUGACAUUUUAAAACUUGCCAUGCUUACGUAUCUUAAUUAUUUCAAAUAUUUGUAUUCAGCUACGUUAACAAUGUACUGUAGAUGUCAAACUUGAGGCUAUACUAAUUAAAUUAUUAAAAGGAGCACUAAGGGAAAACUGUGUCCCAAAAAUCCUAUCCUAAGGCAUAAGGAAUUUGGGGAAGCUGCUAUGUGUAAUCCAGCGAGAAUUCAGUGUGUAGCAACAAAUGGUAGGGAAACCAGUCUGGGGAAUUAUUUGUCAUAUUUUGAAUUAAGUGCUGCAAGCUGAAUUGCACCUGGCUUAUUAGGUUGCUCUGUAACAGAUGAUCAUAGAUAAUUAAAACUAGAAAAACCUCCCAAGACUAUCUAGGCUUAUCUUCAUUUUACAAAUGAGAAAACUAAAACCUAUGGCAAGGAAGGAGUUGCCUCAAAAAUCACACAGCUUGUGUGUGAUAUAUAGCAGAGCCUGAUCUCAUGAUACCUAAAAUUUCUUGUUUGCAAUUGGCCAGGAAAUAUAUAAGUGGGUUAACCUGCAUUAUCUUAUCCAACCCUCACAAAAAUCUUAGGGAGGUGUUAACAUUCUUCUUACCGAUGAGGAAACUGAGGCAAUGCCUUGUUAAAGUCACAACAAAGGUCUCUGAGUCUGUGGUACAAUUGAUACUCCAACACAGGUUAAGGUGCCUCCAGAGCCACUGCUCUUAACCACUCAGCAAGUCUGCCCAACCCUGUGCUCUUUUCCACAUGAACCUCCAUGGGUUUUAUCAUGAACUUAAGCAGCAAUAUUUAAAGUUGACUUUUUUUUUUAAAAAAAUGGCAAAGUGUCUAUUAUUUCCUCUAGCUUACCCCUUCCCACCUUUCCAUCCCAUCUACGGCCUUCAUCCUAGGUCACAACUUUGUUGUGGCUUCCUUCCUGCACCUCUCCAACAGGUCAACAGCCUCACCCCUGUAGGGCCAGGCAUUGAGAGUUUUGCAAAGCCAGAAGUCCACACAGCUAGGGGGCCAUGAGAAGCAAACAGUCAGUGUUAGCAGGAACAUAAUAAUUGGGACAUGGCAUAUUUUUGAGCAACAACGACAAAGAAAUUUUUUUGAAUUUCAAAAUUAACAAAGAUUUGCUCGAUGAAUGGAACAAAUUUCUUUUUUGUUGUUGUUGCAGUUGUCAUUGUUGUCCAGCUGGCCUGGGCUGGGUUGGAACAGGCCAGCCUGGUAUAUGUGGCCGGCCCCCUACCCAUUGAGCUACAGGUGCCGCCUAAAUGGAACAAAUUUCUAAACUGCAUGUAUUAAUACAUCCAUGCCACAUUAUGACUAGAGUGAAAAGAUGGGCAAAAAGGUAACUAAAGAAGACACAUCUGGAGACUGAAUGCAGCUCUAGAGUACCUUCUGAGAAUGCACAGGCAACUAAUGGACAGGGAAGGGUUUCUCUUGGGGGAAGUAUUAAAUUAAUAACUUCCUUUCUGUUGUGUGAAGACCACUGGACAGCCAGGAGUUCUCUGUCUCUUGGCUGUCAUCCCAAAUUCAUUUUGCCCUUGAUUUAGCCAAGCCAAAUUAAGGAUUUAGGUCAUCUGCUAAGGUGGUCUGGGCUUUAAACAAUGGAGAAUUUAGAUAAUAAAGUAAGGUGUUAACAACUAUUAAUAGUAGUUAAGUACUUCCUUGGAAGGAUUAGUAAAGCAUUAAAAACAGGAUUUAGGAUUGGGAAAGGCAAAUCUGAAUUCCUUAUGAGCAACUUACUAGCUGUAUGACCUUGGGCAAGUUAUUUAAUUUAUCUGUAAAAAAGGGGUACAAUUUGUACCAGCUCAGGGGAUGGUUGCGAUUAAAUGAAAGAGUGCACGUAAAAUGUUUGUUAACAUUUAUUGACUGCCUGCCAUGUCCUAGACACUUUCAAAUGCUUUCUAUGUACAGUAUUUAGUCCUUGCAGCAACACUAUGAAGUUGGUACCCUAUAAUCCCAUUUUGCAGUAAAGGCAACUGAAGUACAGGUAAGUUAAGUGACUUAGCCAAAGUUACAUAGAUAGAAUCAGGAUUUGGACUUAGGUGAUCCAAUUCCAGACCCAUACUCUUUUUUUUUUUUUUUUUCCAGUUUUUAUUUUUUUAAUUCAUUUAGAGACUCUAUCACCCUGGGUAAAGUGCUAUGGCAUCAUAGCUCACAGAAACCUCAAACUCUUGGGCUCAAAAUAUCCUCCUGCCUCAGCCUCGUGAGUAUUUGGGACCACACGUACCUCCUACCUUGGCCUCCCAGAGUGUUAGGAUUACAGGCAUGAGCCAUCGUGCCUGGCAGACCCCAUACUCUUAACCCUUAUCAUUGUGCCUGGCAAGGACUCAAAAAAUGUUUUUGAACCAUCUUAAUCAUUACCAACACCUAUCAUGGGGCCACUUACAUAGUUAAUGCUCAAUAAAUUACUAAUUACAGAAUAUUCAAAUGGAAAUUUUCUUGUGUAAACCACAGAUAGACCUAGAGUGAGAUGAAAAUUUAGGGCUAUAGACAAAUGAUUGAGGAUUGAGCAGCAUCAAGAAAGAAGCCGAGGCUGGCUAAAAUCAUGCUUGAUAAGCAUUCUUUGCAAGAGAAAGCACAGAUUAAAAUCACAUCCUCUCCUACUUAUUUGACUGCCCCUCUGUGUCGAAGGGUGCCAAAGACAGACAUAACAAAGGGCAACCUCAAAAGGCUUAAGCAAUCCACUAUUCCUUGAUUACACAAUACUCAUUUUCUUAGUUGGAGACUGAUGUCUGCAAUCCUGUUUCAAUAAGAAUUUGAUCAAGAUCUAUUUUUACCAUUUACCAGCUACCACUUCCUAAAGUGGGUACAGGGCUUCAACAGGACAAUCAACCCCAGCUUUCAGCACAAGGGUAAAGUGAUGUAAGCAUCACACUUGUUAGUUAGCAUUGAGUGAUAGUCACUGUAGGGCAAGGUUAUAUGACUUUUUUGAUAAAAAAUAUCGAAGAACAAUGACCUUAUUUAUUCUGUUACCAAACUUUAAUAAUCAGUAGAACACUGAAUGGCAAACAGAGAAUGCAAAGUGGUUCUCAAAGGAUGGAUGCUGUCUUUUUGGACAUGUCCUCAACAUCCACAUUAUGGGGAGUUAGCGGAAAUGCAAAUUCUUAAAUCCUACCCCAGAACUUCUGAACCAGAAACUCUGGUUGGGUUCCCAUGAUCUCUUAUAACAAGCUGUUAACAUGGUUCUGAUGCACACUCAAGUCUCAGAACCUCCAAGUUAGAGAAACAUAUUUCAGACAGGAUUCCAGGAAACUCAGAGUCCUCCAUUCUGUCACUAACUGAGACCUCAGACAAAUCACUUAACCUGGGCAUGCCUAAGUUUUCAUCAUCUAUCAAAAGGUAAUCAUAAUAUUUGCUCUAAAAUUAUAGUGAUAACGAAGUGUUUUGAAAAACAUUAACAGUGUAGGAUGGGUGUGCUGGGCUUCAUGUUUAUAAUCCUAGCACUCUCGGAGGCCAAGGCAGGAGGAUCCCUUGAGCUCAGGAGUUCAAGACUAGCCUGAGCAAGAGCAAGGCCCUCAUCUCUUCUAAAUACAGAAAAAUUAGCUGGGUAGUAUGGCAGGUGCCAAUGAGGCUGAAGCAGGAGGAUCACCUGAACCCAGGAAUUUGUUGCUGUGAGCUAGGCUGACCUCACAGCACUCUAGCUUGGGGCAACAGAGACUCUUGUCUAAAAAAAAAAAAAGUAUUAAUAGUAUAAUAUUUUUACGAAGAUUAAAUAACAAAAAAAAUGGAAGUGCUCUAAUUCUCAGACCCACAGUACUUGUUAGAAAUGCAGACUCUGGCCCUGUCCUCACAAGUUAAAAUUUGCCUUAUAACAGGAUCCCUAGGUGAUCAGGAUUGGAGAAACACUGUGGGGGUAGGGCAGUAGUAACACUACACAGGUGAAGGCAUUAUUUUUCUCAUGCAGGUACGAUCCUGAGCAAAGCAGAUGCUUCCUCUGCUCCAUACCUAAGCUCUCCUCUCUGGGGUCUUUCUCACUGUUAAUCAGUCAUAAAAAUGAAAAAGUUCCAACUUUGAGAAUUUAGGGAGCUCUCCCUCUACCAAGGGUGACAAAGUGAGACUCUGUCUCAAAAAAAAAAAAAAGAAAGGAAGACAAGUGUUAAGAAUUGAGCUACCAUUCUGAAAGACAAUUUCCAUUAAUGAGCUCAAUUCUUAGCACUUGUCUUUUCUUUUUUUUUUUUUUUUUUUGAGACACUUUGUUGCCCUUGGUAGAGUGCCCUGGCAGUAUCAUACCUCAUAGCAACCUGAAACUCUUGAACUCAAGCGAUUCUCUUGCCUCAUCCUCCCAAGUAUCUGGGAUUGCAGGAGCCCGCCACAACACCCAGCUAUUUUUAGCAAUGAGGUCUCACUCUGGCUCAGGCUGAUCUGGAACUCCUGAGCUCAGGCAAUCCACCCUCUUGGGCCUCCCAGAGUGCUAGGAUUAGAGGCAUGAGCCACCUCUCCCGGCCCUCAUUUCAAAGAUUAUAAUUACAUAAGCAAAUCUUAUGCUAUUUAAUCACUCCUUAUAGACUUGAACUACACACAAAAUCAUCUCAUUGCCUCAUAAGAAAUGAACCGGCCAUUCACUAUAGUCAUUUGAAGCCUGAAUCCUGCAGAAAUUCUAAAACAGUUACCCUUUUUGAUAUUUAAAACUAUAGGGGAUCUUCCAGCUUUCAAGGGACCGUUAGAAAAUGUUCCUUUGGGGUGGCGCCUGCAGGCUCAAUGGAGUAGGGCGUCAGCCCCAUAUGCCAGAGGUGGAGGGUUCAAACCCAGCUCCGGCCCAAAAAAAAAAAAAAUGCAAAAAAAUUUAUCACUUUGAGACAAAAUUUGCAGUCUUACAGUCAGGCAAGUUUGGAAAGAAUUACUGUAGAUCCUGGCUCAAUGGUUCUCAAACCUGGCUUCCCACUAAAAUCAUAUGGGGAGCUUUAAAAAAAAGUACAGAUAUCUGGGUUCUGCUUCAACAAUGCUGACUUAGCUGGUCUACAGUGAGGCCUGGCCUGGUUGCUAUAAGCAGUUCCCUGAGAACCCUGCUGCCUAACCAUAGAAUUCUCCUCCAUCACAAACUGAAUUGUGUCCUCCAAAAUGAAAAUGUUGAAGUCCUAACCCCUAAUAUCUCAGAAUGUAACUGUAUUUGCAGACAAGGCCUUUAAACAGGUGAUUAAGUGAAAAUGAGGCCGUUAGAGUAGUUCCUAAUGUGAUCUGACCUGCAUCAUAACAAGAGGAAAUUUAGACACAACACCAGGGAUCUAAGUGCAUUGAGGAAAGACCAUGUGAAGACACAGUGAGAAGGUGGCUAAGGCAAGCCAAGGAGGGGGCCUCAGAAGGAAACCCACCCUGCCAACACUUUUACACUUCCAUCUCCAAAACUAUAAGAAAAUUUUGUUGUUUAAGCCGCCCAGUCUGUUUUGUUAUGGUCUGUCUCAAGGCAAAUGUUUUUUUGUUUUGUUUUUGAGACAGAGUCUCACUUUGUCCCCCUGCCCCCUGUAGAGUGCUGUGACAUCAUAGCUCAUAGCAACUUCAAACUCUUGGGCUUGAGUGACUGUCUUACCUCAGCCUACACAGUAGCUGGGACUACAGGCACCCGCCACAACUUCUGGCUAUUUUUAGAGAUGGGGGUCUUGAACCUGUGAGCUCAGGCGAUCUGCAGGCCUUGGCCUCCCAGAGUGCUAGGAUUACAGGUGUGAGCCACCACACCCAGCCCCAAGGGAAGUGUUGAAAGCAUCCUUCUCACAUCAAAAUGUGUACAUAAGACCUGGUGACCAGAUUUUUCCACUGCAUUUAUACCUUUAGGAGUCACAGGGGCUGUACUGAAGAUAAGGGAGGGAGGUAGUUGGAGAAGAAUUCCUUAGAGAAGCACUUAGUAGGUGGUAAGCAACCAGAAGUGACACUCUGAAAGGGAGCUCACAUUUCAGUACAGAAACCAAAGCAGCACAAACAGCAUCAUGAUGACCCAGAGGAGGGAAAUCAUUUCAAACACCAUCCCAAGGCUUUACUGACCCCACAGACAAGUCUCCCUUAUUCCCCUGUGACGCCCCUUCAGAACACCUAUCACAACCAUAAUAUUGUUUGAGCAUUAAGUUCAUGUCUAAAUUAAUCUGCUAGACAGCAAGUGCCAUGAUUUGUUCAUCUUGUUUCGCCACCAUUUGACCCAUAUUUAAUGAAUGAACUAAUGAACAAAUCUACUAGCAACCACUACCAAAGAUGAUACCAAAAGAAAUUAAUUCUGCUAAUGAAGUGAACUAAGGAAUGAAUAAGUGAAUGCAAUAAUACUGGUUGGGUGCUUGUGUUUCAAAGGUAGCUUAAAUGUUUUCUAAAUUCAAUUCCAAUUAGAUUUAAUGACAGUGAAUACUUCAGAGGGGACUCCUCUCCACUGAGUAAUUUGCACCCAUCUGCUAGACCCUUCACUUUUAAUAACAGUCACAUGCCUUGUGAAUCAUUUGGUGAAUCUGCAAAAAUAUACAUGCACAUUGAUUACAUAUGCACACACACAUUUCAUAUAUCACCCCGGGUUCAUGUUUGGUUCAACAUAAGACUUUACUUUGCUUUUAGAGACAGGGACUCUGUCACCUAGGCUGGAAUGCAGUGGUAUGAUCUUCCUGUGUCAGCCUCCCAAGUAGCUGGGACUACAAGUGCAUACCACCACCCCCACCAUCCAAAAAAUAGAAAAAUUAGGCAGGGCUGAUAGCACAGUGCUUAUAGUCCCAGCUACAAGGGAAGUCUGAGGCAGGAGGAUUGCUUGAGCCCAGGAGUUUGAGACUGUAGUGAUGCCAAGCUGUAAUGAUGCCACUGUACUCCAGCCUGGGCAACAGAGUGAGAUCUAGUCUCAAAACAAAACAAAAAAUAAAACAGGCUCAGCACCUGUGGCUCAAGCGGCUAAGGCGCCAGCCACAUACACCUGAGCUGGUAGGUUCAAAACCAGCCCGGGCCCGCCAAACAACAAUGAUGGAUGCAACCAAAAAAUAGCCAGGCGUUGUGGCAGGUGCCUGUAGUUCCAGCUACUUGAGAGGCGGAGGCAGGAGAAUCACUUGAGCCCAGGAGUUGGAGGUUGCUGUGAGCUGUGUUGUCACAGUACUCUACCCAGGGUGACAGCUUGAGGCUCGGUCUCAAAAAUAAAUAAAUAAAACCUCAUAGGAGAGAACUCCCUCCAUCACUCCAGUCCUAUUCCAAAUACUUGUGUAUAUAAUAUGCAAGAAAGUUCUGAGACAAGACCUUUGGUUAUACUUCAUGUUUAGGAGGCAUGGGGAUGUUUUUAGCUCAAAGUCAUGAAUACAGGUUCCAUAACUCAGAAACUUCACAACUCUACUUGAGGAUCACAUUUUUAUUCAAACUGGAUCACUUUUCUUAGCAGGAGUUUUAAAUCUUUGCCAGGUCUAGGAGCUCUGGGAAGGAAGAUUCCCAAGGGCUAAUCAUUCAUAGACUUAUUUCUUGAAGAUAAAACAAAACACAUCAUUCCCAAGUUAUCUCUUCCCAGGUUUUUGUGGGCUAGGUUCAAUAUGACAACAGUCUUUAUUGGAAAACCUCAGGUACUUGGUCUUGAAAACUUUGUAAUCCAGGUGUUGAAAAAGUAGCAGGAAAUGCCCAAUUUUUACUUGGAUAUUUACAUUGUAGUCAGUUUCCGCUCCUCACCGAAGGCUUGUAUUGCCCUCUGGGAAAUCCCUAAAGGCCCAUGGAAGAUGUCAUGGAAAAUAUUUCAUCUUUCCUUGUUUGAUUGGUAUCUGGAUAUCACAAUAAUCAUCAAGUUCUUGGAUUAUCUUCUUGAACCGAUUGCCUAAAUCGCAGGUCUGGGUUUGACACGGGAAAGAGAAGUUAAUGAAAUAAGACACUACCCCAUCUCUAUAAAGGAAAAACCAAAUUGGCCUCCAAGAUCCCACAGCUUCUCAUGCCUUCCUUGGCUCCUUUUUAGUUUCUGUAACCUUCCCUCUUGAAUUCCCAUCACUAGAUGUCACGAGUAAACACUAUUCCAAAAGAUGAAUGUGUGUGUGUGUUUCCUGCCCAGCAUUCACUCUUCCUUGUAGCAUCAGCCCCAGAUAUUCUUUAGGAAACCACCUUCUCUACUCUCAGUCCUGUGAUCUUUAUGGUUGCACCCCCUGUAUCUAUAGAUAAGGCACGUGGGUCAUAUCUGACCAAGGGAACUGCCACAUUUUCAUAGCCAUAGCAAUUGGCCUCAAGAAUGGGUAGACCACCCAAUAAGAUCUUAUGAAACACUCUGAGAACUCUGGGUACCCCAUUCUUUCCCACUAGAUUGAAUCUGGGAAGAUACAAGAAGUUUAUACAGCUGUCUUUCGGAAGAUCCCUAUUUAUAAAAGGAACUAAGAUUAUGGAUAAGAACCAAACUGGAAAAACAAAAACAAA